AUGGCCGAUGUCUUCGAAGCACAAACAAUGGCGCGGGUUAAGCGGACUGCAUCUCCUCAAAAUGAAAUUCAACUCUCAGAUCAGCCAGAUAUCUCAGCAAGAGGGGUUUUCGAAAUUGGAGCUCAGUAUCAUUUUACGAUGGAGCCUCAUACAACCAUAGCUGUACCGUUAGAGGACGGUCUAGAAGUUUGGACCUCCACUCAAUGGAUGGAUCACACACAGUCGGUCAUCGCCAAAAUGUUGCAAAUGAAGGUAAACGAUGUACAAUUGAAAGUGCGUCGAGUCGGCGGCGGAUAUGGUGCUAAAAUCACAAGAGGCAACCAAGUCGCUUGUGCCGCGUCAUUAGUCGCUUAUAAGCUCGGUCAACCUGCACGCUUUGUGCAGACUAUCGAGUCGAUGAUGAAUUCAGUUGGCAAGCGUUGGGCUUGCCAAUCCGAUUAUGACUUUCACAUCAAAAACAAUGGGAAAAUUGUAGGGCUUACGAAUAUAUAUUACGAAGAUGCCGGUUGCACAUUGAAUGAGAAUCCGGUCGAAGUUUUCACAGCCGAUGCAGCGAGAAAUUGCUAUGAACUCAACAACUUGAACUCGCACAUAUCGGGGCAGGCAGUCAUUACGGAUGCACCCAGUUCAUCGUUUUGUCGAGCACCUGGUUCGCUCGAAGCUAUUGCCAUGAUAGAGAACAUAUUAGAGCACAUGGCAUUUGAGGCAAAGAUAGAUCCCGCUGAUGCGCGUCUGAUCAAUAUAAAACUUGGAAAUAAAAUGGUUCAACUGUUACCACGAUUUUUAAAGUCGACUGAGUAUAGCGAACGACGAAAGCAAAUUGAAGCAUUCAAUGAGAAGAAUCGUUGGAUGAAGCGUGGAAUUGGGCUGGCCAUAAUGGAGUUCCCAAUGCAUCUGUUGGGACAAUUUGCUGCCACUGUAGCCAUAUACCACGUGGACGGUACUGUAAUCAUUGUACAUGGCGGCAUAGAGAUGGGCCAAGGUUUGAACACAAAAAUUGCGCAAGUUGCCGCCUACACACUUGGCAUACCGGUAUCGUUUGUGAAAAUCGAGUACAGCGACACAAUCAAUGGCGUCAAUUCGGAUACUACCGGCGGUUCAGUGGGCAGCGACAGCCUUUGUUUCGCUGUACGAAAGGCCUGCUACAUGCUCAAUGAACGCCUGGCGCCAGUCAAGGCAGCCCUCGGUAAAAAUGCCAGCUGGCCGAAAAUUGUGGAAGAAGCCUGGACUAGAAAAAUAAAUAUGAUAGCAAGUGAGCAUUAUAAGGAGGGUGACAUGCUGAACUACUCUGUUUUUGGUUUGGCGCUAACCGAAAUAAAGGUAGACAUUUUAACGGGCAACCAUUUAAUUGAGCGCGUGGAUAUUCUAGAGGAUGCUGGUGAGAGUCUGAGUCCCUACGUUGAUAUCGGACAAGUUGAGGGCUCAUUUGUUAUGCUACUUGGCUACUGGCUAACCGAGCAUUUGGUAUAUGAUCGUCAAACCGGAGAGUUGUUAACUAAUCGUACCUGGAAUUAUAAACCUCCAGGUGCCAAGGACAUACCUAUUGAUUUUCGCGUAGAACUGCUCCAAAAGAAUCCCAACCCUGCUGGAUUCAUGCGCUCUAAGGCUACCAGUGAGCCACCGGCCUGUCUUGCAGUCAGUUCUAUAUUCGCGGUGCAACAGGCUCUGCAAUCGGCGCGGCAGGACGCCGGUUUGAAGCGUGAGUGGGUACGUUUGGGUGCACCUACAACGCCUGAGGUAAUCGCUUUGAAUGCUGGCACCGAUACGACUUCAUUUUCUUUGGAAUAA